GAGCUGCUCCGCCCUACACGGGAGAUAGAAAACUGUCCGUGGGCCGGUGGAGGGAUGAAACAAGUGGAAGGAGAUGUAGCAGACGGGCGCACAUUAAUAACCCCUACCACACGCACUACACCUCGUCGGCUCCACUCCUUUCUUUCCCAGUGCGCGGUAGCAUCCAUCCUCCCUCAUUUUGCAUAACAGGACGAGCGAUCGUUUGCGGUGCUGCGUCGGAGCUUCAUGGCCGCGACACUCACGAUGAGCGGCGGCGGGCAGGAGGAUCCCUUCUAUCCGCUGCAGAAGGCGACCCUGCCCGCUGGAUUCCCUCUGGAGGACUCGGCGUUGUUCGGCUUGGAUUGCAAGAUCACAGACAAGGCUGGACAGAACGACUACACUCAGGCAAAGUGUGAGAUGGACAGGUACCUCUCCCCUCAGUCUCUUCCCCUUCCACUUCCUGCAGACGGACAGCAGAAGUCACAGCGAGACGGAGCGUCUGUGGUGGAGCACUUCUUCACUGACGAUCACACUGGGGCUCCCUACACCCUCAACAUGAAUCUUUACCUCCCCGACGCCGCCUACCUGAGGAUGGGCUUGUGUCAGCAGGUGCGGCCCCCUCAGCACCAGAACCACGCAGGUCUUACCCAAGUAAAAACAGAAUCUGCCUCCCCGUGUUUCUCCCCCAACCUACAGCUGCACUGCCCCAACACUACUCCCACAAGUAGCUGUGGCACAUCUGGGCACGGCCCUGGCAGUGUUGCCAUGGAAACCUCAGCCAUAAACAUGACGUUAACAGGGUUACCAGAUUUCACCAGUGUUUUCAACCAGUCGGGAAGCAGCCGCGGUGGCGAGUCAGUGCCAGAAGUGUUUGUCAAACAGGAAAUGUCAUCACAGUUUGAGCAGCAUGCCCUCCACCACCAUGACGACGGCGGGUCACUGUUUCAGCUACUAAACUCUGGCUUGGACCAUCACCAUGGCAAUGGUAUGGAGUCGCAGCAUCAUCAUCACCCUCAUCAUCAUCAUCAUCAGCAGCAGCAGCAGCAGCAGCAGCAGAUACAACACACUUCCACUUCCACAAUCCACGCGCCUUUCCACGAUUUGCCGAUAGCUUCUUCUGCAUCUCAACAAGAGCAGACUGUCAAGCCUGCCUACUGUGGCCUGGGUGGCGGGGCAUACACACAUCCUCACGCUCAGGCGCACCCUCAUUUCCUCCAGCAGCAGGUGCCCUACCUGCCGCCCUCUCCGCCGAGCUCGGAGCCCGGCAGCCCUGACAGGCAGAAGGAGCUGCUCCACGCCAUGUCCCCUCCUCCCUCAUAUGCAGCCACUAUCGCCUCAAAGCUGGCGGGUAGCACCCCAGGGCUCGGCCCCGGCCCAGGACCGGGCGGCUUAGCCUUGCCCCUCACCACAGGUCCCACGCCAGUCCCAGGCCAAGCCACAGGCCUUCCCCAAACCCCUGCAGCGACCCCAACCCCAGCUCAGACCACUGUGCCUGCCCGCUACAACCGGAGGAACAACCCGGACUUGGAGAAACGACGGAUCCACCACUGUGAUUACCUAGGCUGCAAGAAGGUCUACACCAAGUCGUCCCAUCUGAAAGCCCACCUCAGGACUCACACGGGUGAGAAACCGUACAAGUGUACGUGGGACAGCUGCGACUGGCGUUUCGCUCGUUCGGAUGAGCUGACGCGUCAUUACCGGAAGCACACGGGCGCCAAACCCUUCCAGUGCGCCGUCUGCUCGCGCUCCUUUUCCCGAUCCGACCACCUUGCCCUGCACAUGAAGAGACACCAGAACUAGCAGCAUUUUACUCACACACACACACACACACACACACACACACACACACACACACACACAGACACAUACAUAUACACACUACACAUACACAUACACAAGCACUAUCUUGGCACACAUAAAGCACUCUCUCCAUCUCCCACAACUACAUUGUUACAAGCUGGCUGAUGCAGAGCGACGUUCACUGACACCACAGCUCCUCUUGGUGCUGAUAUCAUGUGCUAAAACGGUAUGAUAGCCUAACACAUGUGUUGCUCUUAACCCAGAGUGGGACAGUUUGGAGGUUGUAUAGAAAGAUAAUGGCCAGAGGAAGUUUCUGGUCCCUUAACCUCCAAAUAUACUUGGUAGAGAUUUCUGUGGACAAAUACAAUGCAGAAAAAUAAUGACAAAAAGAAAAUGGUAGCUCCAAAAUGUGUUUCCAGUCCAUUUGAACUGGAAAGUGUGUGACUGGAAAGAAAGCACUUACCACUCAAAACUUGUACAUCUUUUGUCUCUGUUCUAACAUAGACCUGACUUCAUACUUGUUUUAUUUUAUAAAGGAGAAGCUUUUGUUUGCAAAACUAGUCAAGCCAAAUCUUUGUUUACUCCUUGGUUUGUUAGUUUGUUUAUAUAACUGGAAAAUCCAGAUUUAAUUUUUUUUUUUUACCAAAUCCUUCGGUUUGCACUAGAAUCGGUAAUCUAAGUCUGAGCCUUUUUUGGGCCCAUGCAUCUCAUUCACCACUGGAACGAUCACUAUCACUACUGGACUGAAUCUCUGUGAACGCCACACAAAUCAUUGCUGUUCAGAUAUUAAAAAUUGAAGGCAUUUAUACUCUGGAGAGAGGGAAGAUAGUGCAGGAAAAAAUGAGGGAGGGGUGGAGAUAGAUAGAGAUAGAAUGAUUUUUGAUUUUAGAGAAGGGAGAUCUGAAGACGACUGAGAAACGGAGGGAGGUGGAUGGUUGCUAAAGAGCAGCAAUUAGGCGAUGUAUUAUUCAUGUUGUCUUUCGAUGGAUCUCCAACCAGAGAAAUGUAAGCAGAACCCUUAGAUACGUCCUAGAAUUCACUCAGUUAAAGCAGAAUUUGACUGUAUUUGAUGCACGACCUUGAAUGAAGCGUCAAAUAUACAAAAUACAAUUACUGUACAUCUUUUCUCAUCCAGCGUUUUACUUUUUUCAAAUGUUUUAACCAAAGUGUCAUCAUCAUCAGCACCUUAUUAAGUGCCUCCUUCUCUGGUUUCUGUGUGUUUGUUCAGUGGUAGCAGAGCUGUGAUCAAUGUGGACAGUCCUUUUAAAUACACAUGGUGCUGUUUUUAUUUCUUAAUCUAUUGGAUCUUUAGACUCAGCUUGGGAAAAAAAAAAGCAAAUUUGUUUUAAAUUACAAGUAUAACCCAUCAAUCAUUGUAAUUUAGCAGCUCGGCUCAGGCCACUUCACAGACAUCCUGGAACGUUUUAAUUAAAAUGACAGUCCUUUCUCUGAGGGUACUCACUCUGUACACAACUAACAUGCCACUCGGCUCUGUCAGUCAAGCAAACACGGAUGCAUGUUUUGUUAAAGGACAGAUUCGCAUUUUAUCAAUCUUCAUAUCUUUCUUAAAACAAUACUCACACACCCAUAUGUACAGUCCAAAAUUAUUGGCUGCUGCAAGUGUUCCUCUCGUCCAUACUGGCCAUAAAGAGAUCCCUGCUGAAAACAUGUUCAGUGCAAGUGAUAGGACACAAAAUCAACAAUGAAAUAAAAAAUGCACUGUGAAGUUCAGCUGGAGAUAACUUGUUAUGGACAUAUUUCAAAGUUAGUGUUAUCAGGGCAAAAUGUCCUCUUAAAAGACAAUAUAUACGGAUAUUGUCCCCGGUAACUUGCAUUGAAUUCCCUUAUCACAGACCGUAUGGACAAGAGGAAAACCAAAAACUAUUUUAAUGUUCAUAUGGACAUAAGAGUGUUGUUAUAAGACAGAGACAGAAAAAAUGGCAACCUGCCCUUUAAUAUACACUUGAAUGUCCAUGUUGAUGGUGUGAUUUAGCCUGCGCCUAUAACUGUAUUUGUUCAUUCACUGCAGGUAGCAUAAAGAUAAUAUAGCACUGUAAUGUAUCAUGGUAAAUCUGACUAUUUAUUUGAUUGUGUAGAAGUGGGGGUUGUAUCAGAUCAACCGUCUUUCUCCCCAGCAAAAAUGCCUUAAUGUAAAUAUAUGCACUGUAAAUAACUAUGAAUUUUUUUUUUCCUCUUUUGUUAUUAUUUUGUAAACAAAAGGGCAAAAAGAGGAAAAUGCCCUGCAUCCAAAAAUAUUUGAGCCUUUUUGUUUUUUCUUUGGUUUUGUUUUCUUGUCAAAGAUAUUUUGAUGCCAUUGUUUUAUAUAUUGUCCUUCCAACAACUUAUUUUGUAGAUUUGUUUUCUUCCUAGGUAAACGUUCCAAAGACAAAAGUUGUUUUUCUUCAACUGAGUGAAGCUGAUCCUAAUAAAGUCAACUGACACUUUUACAGA